UCGAACAGAUGGUUUCAGAGGUGGACGCCAAUGUCAUCAUAUGGCGGCAGCAGCAGCAGUAGAUGCCUGCAACUGUUAGAGAAGUGCAAGAACAUGAAGCACUUGCAGCAAGCUCAUGCACAAGUAUUCACAUGUGGGCUUGGCAAUAGCAGCUUUGCCUUAAGCAGGGUCUUGGCCUUCUGCUCAGACCCAAAUCAUGGAAGCCUCUCCCAUGCUUGGAAACUCUUCCAACACAUCCCACAACCCACCAUUUGCAUCUACAACACCAUGCUAAAAGCUUUAUUGCUCAGAAAUGAUCUCAUCCUAACCAUCAAUGUAUUUACCAAGAUGUUGCAAAAUGGGAUGUACCCAGAUAAUUAUACCCUCCCUUAUGUGUCAAAAGCUUGUGCUAGGCUGCAAAGCUCUUGUCUUGGAGAAUUGGUUCAUGGGUGCAGUUUGAAAUUGGGUUUUGUUUCUGAUAUCUUUGUGGGUAACUCUCUGAUUGUCAUGUACUGUGCAUUUGAUGAUAUGAAAGCUGCAAGACACAUAUUUGAUGAAAUUCCUAGCCUAAGUGCUGUUUCAUGGACGGUCAUGAUUUCUGGCCAUUCAAAGGCGGGUGAUCUCGACACAGCAAGACUGUUCUUUGAUGAAGCUCCUGUGAGAGACAGAGGAAUAUGGGGCGCCAUGAUUUCUGGGUAUGUGCAGAAUAAUUGUUUCAAGGAAGGUCUUUAUAUGUUCCGGCUGAUGCAGCUUACGGAGAUAGAGCCUGAUGAGGCAAUUUUUGUCAGCGUUCUAUGUGCAUGUGCUCAUUUGGGAGCUUUGGAUACUGGGAUUUGGAUUCACUCGUAUUUGAAUCGGCUUCGGUUGCCGCUGAGUGUUCGUUUGAGCACUGGUCUUAUUGACAUGUAUGCUAAAUGUGGGAAAUUGGAUUUGGCUAGAGGACUGUUUUAUCAGAUGCCAAAGAGAGACACAGUUUGCUGGAAUGCUAUGAUUUCAGGAAUGGCAAUGCAUGGAGAUGGAGAAGGUGCACUUGAGCUGUUUAGAGAGAUGGAGGCUGCUUGGGUUAGGCCAGAUGAUAUCACCUUCAUUGCCGUGUUUACUGCUUGUAGUUAUUCAGGCAUGGCACAUGAAGGCAUGAAGGUGUUUGAUAAAAUGUGUCGGAUAUACAACAUUGAGCCGAAAAGCGAACAUUAUGGAUGUAUAGUCGACCUUCUAAGCCGUGCCGGUCUCUUUGAAGAAGCAAAGGAAAUAAUUCAAAGAAUGCCCAGUUCAAGUAAACCAUCUGAAGAAGCAGUGGCUUGGAGAGCGUUUCUUAGUGCUUGUUGCAAUCAGGGACAAGCUCAACUAGCUGAGGUUGCUGCGGAGAAACUCUUUCGGCUCGAACGCCACAGUGGGGUCUAUGUCUUGCUCUCAAAUUUAUAUGCUGCCGGGGGCAAGCAUGGUGAUGCCAGAAGAAUGAGGCAUUUGAUGAGAAACAGAGGAGUUGAGAAAGCACCAGGUUGUAGUUCGGUUGAGGUUAAUAGAGCAGUUCAUGAAUUCAUUGUGGGGGAGAAAACACACCGGCAAAUGGAAGAAAUACAAUUAGUUUUGGGGACCAUAAGCAAACAGUUGGAUUUUUUAGGCAGUUAUCCAUAUUUGUUUCUAGCUGACAAGACAUGACUCAAUUAAAUAAGGUUAAUUGCCGCCCAAUUCCUAACCUUGUAUUUCAUGCAGCUGAUA